AUGCAUCUUAUGUACACUCUGGACCAGGAUGGAAAGCGUGUCUACACGCUGAAGAAGGUCGCUCCCUCCGGUGAAGUCACAAAGAGCGCUCAUCCCGCUCGUUUCUCUCCCGAUGACAAGUACUCUCGACACCGUGUCACGCUCAAGAAGAGAUAUAGUCUUCUGCUCACCCAGCAGGCCGACAAGGAGGCUGCGCAACUAUAG